UGGGCUGGGCGCAGCGCCCGGGAACCCGCACUCCACGCCCCGACCCGCGGGGACGCCCAGGCCGAGGGACCACCUCCCCAGCCCGGAGGGAGCAGUUCCCGCCGCGGGGACCUCGCCACCAGAGCCAGCCGGGCGGGGCGGCGCCUCCAGGCCACCAGAUGUUCGCCAUCCAGCCAGGGGUAGCUGAGGGGGGUCAGUUCCUGGGGGGCCCACCUCCUGGAGCAUGUCCACCCGAACUUCAACCAGACAGCAACUCCAACUUCAUGACGAGUGCCAAGGAUGCCAAUGAGAAUUGGCACGGGAUGCCAGGCCAAGUGGAGCCCGUACUAACGAGGAGCUCCUCUGACUUGCCCUCUGACAACCAUGAUUUCCAGGCUCCUGGACUCCCUGAGGGGGAGGUCCGCAGCCCGCCGGAGGGGGCAGAGAUUCCUGGAGCUGGGCCUGAGAAGACGGGAGGUGCCAGCACAGUCUGCUCCCCGCUGGAGGACAACGGCUAUGCCAGCAGCUCCCUGAGCGUUGACAGCCCUAGCUGCAGCCCUGAGUCUGCCUGUGGGACCCCUCCUGGCCCUUCAGACCACCUUCUGCCCUCAGUGGCCCAGGCCGUGCAGCAGCUGCAGGCUCAAGAGCGCUACAAAGAGCAGGAGAAGGAGAAGCACCACGUGCACUUGGUGAUGUACCGUCGCCUGGCCCUGCUCCAGUGGAUCCGGGGCCUGCAGCACCAGUUGGUUGACCAGCAGGCCCGUCUGCAGGAGAGCUUUGACACCAUUUUAGACAACCGGAAGGAGCUUAUCCGCUGUCUCCAACAGAGGGCAGUACCAUCCAGGCCCCAGGACCAAGACUAAGGGUGUCUCUGUACAGGGAUGCAAGGGUUUAUGUAUAUAUUUGCAGACAUGUGUGUGGUUAUGCACAAGCAAGUACAGAUCAUUUGCUGCUAUAAGUGCAGGGAAGCAUAAGUGAGUAUGUCAGUGCUAACAUGUAGGCAGAUGUGCACAGGCCACGUGUGAAUCUGCACCUGUGCAUCAGUAUGUGUGCUGUGUGGACACACAAGCCUAUGUGUGAGUAUGUACAUAUGUGUAUGUAUAGCAUGUAUGUUGUUGUUAUUGUUUAGUUGCUAAGUCAUGUCCUACU